AUGUCUUCCGAGCUCUCAAUUGGAAAUGAGAUCAAGGACGGUUACAAGGAAACCCACAAAUGGGUGGUCAACAAUAUCAGAUGGCUGUCGGAACUGGAGGCCUUUUACAGAGAUCGAGCAAAACUGGAAAAGGAAUACAGCAGCAAACUCACGCAUCUAACCGGAGAGUAUUUUUCCAAAAAGAGUGCCGGGACAGUGGGACUAUCGGUGGGCGAUACGCCCACUACAACACCGGGCUCCCUGGAAGCGGCUUCCUUGGUUGCGUGGAAUGAAAUUCUCUCACAAACCGAAAAAAUGUCCCAAGAUCACAAUCAGCUGGCCCAAGAAUUCGAAUUUCAAGUUGCUGAUCAAGUAUCAGCUUUAGGUAAGAAAUGUGAGCUGUUACUAAGCGCCAUUAACGGUUUCAACACCGAAUUGGCUGACAAAAGGGAUUCCUCAUAUUCAGCCUUGGAUAAAGCCAAGAAAGACUACGAUGAAAAGUGUGUUAAUAUGGAAAGUGCACGGGCAAAGCAGACUAAGUCUUCUAGUGAUAAGGCACAGCGGAAAGCGGGCGAAAAGGAGCACGAUAUGAAUAUCGCCAAAAAUAAUUAUUUGAUCAAGAUUAACCAGGCCAACCGUAUCAAAGAUAAGUUUUACUUCCAAGACAUUCCAGAAGUGCUUGAUCUUCUUCAAGACUUGAGCGAAUCUCGUGUGCGGGUUCUAAAUUCUAUUUGGUUUUCAGCGGGAUCUGUGGAGCGAGAUAUGUGCAAGAGAAUUGAAAACCGAUUGAGCACAGCAGAUUCUGUGGUAGAGCAAAAUAAAUCAAACUUGGAUACUACGAUGUUCAUAAAGCACAAUUUGAAAGAUUGGAAAGAACCGGCGGAUUUUCAGUACAUACCUUCUCCUGUUUGGCAUGAUGAUGAACAGUUUGUCGCCACGUCGGAAGCCGAGUUGCAAGACCUUCGCAUUAGAUUGGCAAAAUCGCAGCAAACUUACGAUAAAAUGCAUAGUUUUGCCAGUGCCGAGAUGGAAGAUUUGGGCGCCCUGAACAAACAAAGGCACAAUGUCAGGUCUAAGGAUGAAUAUAGUGGCCAGGAAUUGUUGGCGUUGCUAACCAAGUAUUCUAGAACCAUUACUUCCUAUACCUCUCAUGAGACUGCGAAACUGGAAGCUGAGGUUGAGAUCGAGAGCAUUCAGAAUAACGUAGGGGGUCAGCACGAUCUUAACACCGAUACCGUUGAUUUGAAUAAAUUGGGAAAGAAAGGAGGAGUAUUCAAUAGAUUCAAAAAGACUUUGACGAUCUCAUCCGAGAAGAAAGGCACUCGCGUUGAUAAGUCAGACCAAUCCUCAUUGGCCUCUGCUGCUUCGAAAGAGAAGCAUGGCCAUCACUUAUCCUUCUUACGAGGGAGGAGUCGAGCCCAGAGUAACGUGUCUGGCGUUUCAUUAACUGCUGAAAGUGAUCUAGAUUCGGGGACUGGAUUUCCCGAGGUAGAUACAAAUCGUGUGCUUUACGCAUACCAGGCACAAGAUGUUGACGAGGUUAGUGUAAACGUGGGUGACACUAUCACCCUGCUGACAGCAGACUCUGGAAGUGGGUGGACCAAGAUCGCUAACGAAAGCACCGGCGACACAGGUCUCGUUCCGACAACCUACGUCGACAUUCGUGAAAAAUCCGCCGCGAUUGCUCCGCCCGCUCCACGUCCUCGCAAGAAUGCACCUGCUAGCCGUGUUGUAUCAGCACUUUAUGACUACGUCGCUCAAGAAGAUGGGGAAUUGUCCAUAUCCGAAGGGGAUAAAGUAACAAUUCUCAAAGAUGACGACGGAAGUGGAUGGACCUACGGUGAGCUAAGGGGUGUAAAGGGCUUAUUCCCUACUAGCUACGCUGACUGA